UGUUUCCGGUGUCAAUGUGGCGAGCCAUGCCAAGAUGGCGUCUCAACAACAAGCAGCUUCUCUUCAGCAGCAACAGCAGCAACAGCAGUUGAGUCAACAGCAAGACUUCGACCCGGUGCAUCGAUUUAAAAUGCUCAUCCCGCAGUUGAAAGAAAGUCUUCAGAACCUAAUGAAGAUCGCGUCGCUCAACUUGACCCACAACACAAUCAUCGAUAACGGAGUUACAAGUAACGACACUGCUGUUCAGCGCUUUGACAAAAGCUUGGAGGAGUUCUACGCGCUUUGUGAUCAGCUGGAGCUGUGUUUGAGGCUGGCGUACGAAUGCCUCUCGCAGAGCAUCGACAGCGCCAAACAUUCGCCCAACUUGGUUCCCACCGCCACCAAACCUGACACGGUGCAGACGGAGUCCAUGUCUUACGCCCAGUACCUUGGCAUGAUCAAGUCCCAGAUCUCGUGUGCCAAGGACAUCCACAACGCUCUGCUGGAGUGUUCCAAAAAGAUCGCAGGAAUGGGUCAGCCUCCAGGAAUUAUGUAGAUCUUGCUUGGACUUCAUUUCUCAAAUGUCAUUUAUUUUUGGAUUUCUUGCUGGUUUUUUGUACCACCUCCGACAGAGGAGUAGUGCUUUGAAUCAAACGUGGUUCUACAAGAUUGUAAACAAAACCUCACAUCCUGAAAUUUAAUUUCAAGCUGAUGGCAAUUACACUUUAUCAAACAAGUAUUCUUACGUUGUGUUCCAUUAUGGCCAGCAGGGGGUGCCAGAUGUGCACUUAUCUACCGUUGUACAGUAUUUGACGACUAAAACAUUUACGAGUGUGUUGAAAUCAUGGUGUAAAUCUGCAGUGAUCAAUAAACCUACACAUUUAUAAGA